GAUGUGAAGCUGGAGUACACAGGCAAGGGCUACGUGACCUUCGCGGCUCACGAGCAGGCGGUGUCCUUGGUGGACACCUUGGCAGAGGAGGACGGUACCGACAGCAUCAUGAUCAAGGGCUCAUGGUCGCUGUCAGAGAAGAUGCUGCAGAAGUCACAAGGACCCUUCAAGGGAGACACGAUCACCGCUUUGGCUCAACGAUUGAGGGCGCUGCAAGAUAGCCUCAAGUGCGACAAGCUCCUCCUUGGCGGGGACGGCUCACCAUCAACCUUGGCGGAGAUUACGGAAGUCCUUGGCCGGAAGCCAUUCCAGCAAGCCCUGUAUAUCCUUGCACGGACAUCUCUACCGGAGGAGCAAGUGAAGCAGAAGUUGAAGUCAGCCGUGGUCUUUGCCACAUCAAAUCCAGCCAUGCCCAAGAAGGCCGUUCGCCCAGCUCAGCAAAUGCCGCCCAACCUGCAGACGCCGCAGAUGCCGAAGCUUUCCCCGGUGAGGCCAGGGCCACGACCAGCGGCACCCAAAGCUACCUACGUCCCCCCACCCCAAGGAGGCAAGACACCACGGCCCAGCGUGCCAUCCGUGCGACCGGUACCGGUGGCGGCAUCCGCCGCCCGUGCACCCCGAGCCCCAGGCACCCCAGCCCGUGGAGUAUCAGGGGGUUCGGCUGCCACGCCAAAGGUGGCGGCCCUUUCCCCUUGCAUCCUCGUGCGCGGCAUAGCCGCCAGCUGGACCGAGCAGCAGGUCAAGCUGCUCUUCUCGGUCUUCGGCGGCGUCGCGGCCUUGCAGAUGGCCCAGGACGCCAACGGCCGCUUUGCCCGAGUACAGCUGAAGGUUCCAGACAAGAUGACAAAGGCCGUGGAGCAGUUCAACAACACCCAGGCUGGAUUCGGAUUCUGCCAGCUCAGGGAGCCGUGGAGCCGUGGAGCCGUGCUGUCGCUCCUCAGAGGUAGGUGA